AGCAGCGGCCUCUACAUGGGAGGCUCCAUCACGGCCGUGACCAUCAACAAGAGCCUGCUGGCACCCAUCAACCUGGAUAUCGACCCCAAAAUCCAGGCUGUCCGCACUCACGAGAUAAACCAGAUCAAGGGUCUCAACAACCGCUUUGCCACUUUUAUUGAUAAGGUGCGACACCUGGAGCAGCAGAACAAGAUGCUGGAGACCAAGUGGAAGCUGAUGCAGGACCAGACAACUGGCCCCUCUGACAUGGAACCCAUGUUCCAGACCUACAUCAAAAACCUGCAGAGACAGCUGGACCAGAUCAACAAUGACAAGGACCGGUUGGAUAUGGAGAACAGGAACAUGCACCAUAAUGUGGAGGACUUCAAAUCAAAGUAUGAAGAUGAGAUCAGCAAGAGGAACACAACAGAGAAUGACUUUGUCCUGCUGAAAAAGGAUGUGGACGCUGGUUACCUGUCCAAGGUGGAUCUGGAGGACAGGUUGGCUGGGCUGGAAGAUGAGGUCAACUUUUUGAAGGUCUUGUACGAUCAGGAGCUGGGUGAGCUGCAGUCUGACGUGAAGGACACCUCUGUGGUGGUUCAGAUGGACAACUCCCGGGGCCUGGACAUGAACCAGAUCAUAGCUGACGUCAAGGCCCAGUACGAAGACAUCGCUGCUCGCAGUCGGGAGCAGGCUGAGAGCUGGUACAAGACCAAGGUUGAAAGUUUGGCCGGCCAGGCUGGCCAGGCUGCAGAGGAGCUGCGCAACACCAAGGCUGAGAUCGCCGAGCUGAACCGACUCAUCAGCCGCCUGCAGAACGAGAUCCUGGCUGUCAAGGGACAGAAGGCCAACCUGGAGAGCCAGAUAACCGAGGCGGAGGAACAUGGGGAGAUUGUCGUAAAGGAUGCCAGGACUCUAAUCAAGGACCUGGAGGUAGCUAUGCAGAGAGCCAAGCAGGACAUGGCCUGCCAGAUCAGGGAGUACCAGGACCUGAUGAACGUCAAGCUGGCCUUGGACAUCGAGAUUUCCACCUACAGGAAACUGCUGGAGGGGGAGGAGACCAAAUGUAGUGAUCACAAUAUAGUAGGUCGUAAGGGAGAUAAAGAACAGAACACGUAA